AUGGACUACUGCGAUCCGUCCGCCACCUUGGGCCAGAAAGCUGAGAUGCUCCAGGCGAUGCACGAAGACCCCGCCGCCCAGAUUCUGAUCGUGGACAACCAAUCGCUCGUCGAAAUGCGAGAAAAGGCCCGGAACGUGCUGGACAUCAAGCUCAAAGAAGCAAAAGACGGAGUGCUGAGCGGCAAAUACAAGAGUGCAAGAGCGGCUGCUAUCGCAGUUGGCGUUUUUUCUCGCCUUGCACUCGAGGAGGAAAAGGUUCGGCUCGCGAAUGCAAACGAGAAGCGGGUACGUGGCUCUACCAAGAUCAAGGGCCGGAUUGUUGUCGCCCAAGAGCUUAAGGCUCAUUUUGAGGAGGAAUUGCUGCUGAGAAGGAGAGGGAGGCACGCGAGAAGGAGCAUGCAAAAGCUGUUGAAGCCGCCGAGCGUGAGGCUCGUAUUAGAGGACGUCGUCGGGCUGGCGCAGGCACUGCACGUCAACGACAAGGGCCCCGUCCGGGCAAUCAUCCCAAGGAUUCACAUCUCGAGACCCACCAAGAUCUUGCUUCAAACCCUCGCUUCGCAGGCCUAUUCAAGCUCUCCAGAUGCUCCGUCCAUGGAGCCCGCCCCAAUUCCACACCACAUCCAACACCUCUAG